AUGUCAUUUUUUAAUUUUCGUAAAAUAUUUAAAUUGGGAGCCGAAAAAAAGAAGAAACAGUAUGAACAUGUGCGAAGAGACGAAAAUCCAGAGGAAAUAUGGGACAUAAUUGGUGAACUGGGAGAUGGGGCCUUUGGAAAAGUGUUCAAGGUGGGUAACGUCUUCUCUGGGCUGCUCUGUGUAAGGCCUUUCUUCUUUGUGAGUUAUUGUGGCAAAAGGGGCCAGAAUGUGAGCCCAUUGUUACUUAAUAGUCCUGUUUUUGAGGACUGACACAACGUGAAAGCAGUGCUACAGCAAUCCUGUAUUGCUUUGACCCACCCACUAUCUUCAAACAAAUAGACCAGCUCUGCCACAGAGGUGGUGGGGUCAAAUAUGACUGCUGAGAUCUCUUUUAUGCUUGUCUGACCUAUUCAAUUCAAAGUCUCUUUUAACAUGAAAGCUCCAGGAAGAAAUUCACUGUGGAGUCAAAAUAGUCAGUGAACAAAAGAUGUGAACAAAAAUCUUGAGAAACCCACAAUAUGAAAGAAGUUAAAUAAUCAAUAUGAAAUGCUGAAAUCACCUGCCCAUCUUUGUGUUUACAUGUGACAGCCUGGGCUGUGCUGUGUCAAUAAGAAAAUGAAGUGGAAGAAAGAAGACUGCUUUCAUUAACAAACAACUAACAAAUAUUUAAAACACACUUUAAACUAUGGGAGUAAAUCAUCAUGACGUACCAAUUGAUAAUGUUUUUAAACCAUUGCAAACUUUUUUUGCAUUAUGUGUUUUGAAAGAAAAGUUUUCAUAACAGCACCUACUGGAAAACAUUUCUACCAAUGUACUGCAUCUGUGAACAGUGUUGGCCAAGACUUGACUGUUAGUUUCAAAAGUUUUGGUGAUAUAUGUAUCAGCAAAUAACAACUGAAAUAAUCAUUAUACGAGUAGAUAGAAAAACUUUGUCUGAUGUGCAAGGCUAAUAAAUUGGUGCAAUAAUAAUGCACAUUCUAUGGUAGUAUAAGCCCAAUUUAAACAUCUACAUUCAUCAUGGAUGGUAAAAUCAACGGUUGUAGGUGUUGUAUUGUGGUUUCUUCAAGUCAAGUAGGUCAUCAUAAUGAAUGUUGAAGGUAAAUUCUAGCACAGGCGAAUUUCAGUGUUUUCCACAAUGAAAAUAAGGUGUGUCUGACUAUCAGAAAUUAUGAGUUUGAAAAUUUUGGCAUGCUUGGCAUUUGUAAAAUUCAAUAUUUUGCAGUCCCACAUAUAAGAGGUAUCUAAAAGGCACUAGAUGUUGAAGUGGAGAUUUAACCAAAGUUUGCCUCAACUGAAAUAUUUUCGUAUUUUGCAGUCAAGAGCAAAAUGGUCCCGAACUUCUUUCAAAUUGACCAUAUAACUCUAUCAUGAUAUUUUCAGAUGGCUGACCUGGCAUCAAAGCAGCCCUCUUGUCAUCAUUUUAAUAGUCCCAUUGUUUGGUUUGGCCCCAUUGCAACCAGGGUCUAGAUAGAAGCUAGAAGCUUUAUUUGCAUGAGUGACAGUCAAUUUUAUCAGGCAGGAGGGCUCUACCAUCUCUGAAACAAGGAGGUCCGGGGUUCACAAACACAACUUACGUGCUUUUUUAUGCUCUCUGUUGCCAAAGAGUAUUUUUAGACGCUUUGUGUCAUACCUAAAUUAAUCCAAAUCUGCUGGGACAAUGAUUUAGUCACAGGUUGCCAGUUUCCCAAGAAUACCGAGAGCAAGGUUCACAUGAGAUGGACCAAGUGUUCUCAAAUGUCAAAUACUGAGCACAUACUAUACGUUUUUAUCAGUGUUGUGGCGGAAAGUGCUCUCACAUCAUAAAGUGAAUCAUUUACAACCUGAAACUCUCAGUUUAUGUGCUGAAGCAGAUAAACUGUGUGUUAGCACUGUACGUGUAAAAUCUGGAGAGAGCUUUGACAACUGUAAAUAAUGUUUCUUCUGAAACCUACAGAAGUUAAAGUCAGAGAAUACCUCUUUGAUCAUAAACAUUCUGUAGAAUAAUCACAUUUCUGACAUGACAACAAAUGCUAGAUGAGUUGAAGUUUUGUAAAAGUGUAACUUAUGGUAGAGAUAUGGCUGGUCAUUGUUGAUAUAUGUAUAUUUAAGCAGUGUGUAUCUUGCAGUGUGUUGCGAUGGUGCUUUUUGGACACUGCCUGCCACUUCAUGCAGCUGCAAUCAGGAAAAAAAAGAACAUGAUACAGAUCUCUUUUUCUUUACUGCUCUUGAACAGUGGUUAUAUGUGCCAGCUUUGAUGUGUUUAUGAUAGCAGGGCCACACAAUAUGCUUUGUAGGCAGCAGUGUUGUUUUUUUUCCACGACGAUGACGUUACGAUGACGAGCCAAACAUAAGUCUUACAUGACUAAAAUGUGACGAGACGAAUGUACGUUUGUGUUGACGAGACAAGACUAGAGGAAAAUGUUAGUGGUGGACUACGUACGGAGUUGCAAAAUUCAUGAGCAUUUUGCCAGUCAAAUGCUAAACAUAUAUUCUGCAGUGUUGUUAACGUCAUUGUCAACGAUAACAACACUGGUAGGCAGCUACUGUUUUAGAGCCACAAAGAAAAGAUCUUUUUCAGAUGCAAAAAGUUGGUUUUUGGAGGGUUGGGUGAAGACAGGCUAAUGUACAGAUCCCAAAUGACACGUAUGAGGCUUUUCUGUAGACUUCUUAAGUACUAGUAACUGUAUCAGAACAACUCCACUGUUCAAGAGAAGAACAACAGAUCUGGUAUCAUCAUUCUUUCAUAAAAGCAGUAGUUCAUGUUUGUCCUGUACUUAAGCUGAGGAGGAGCCACAAAUAGUAAAUUACAGGUUUUUGUUUAUAUGCUACGUGGACCAAACCAGCUGUGAAGUCAAGCUAUUCUGAUACAUCAGUGCAACAACAGCCCAAUCUCAGUGGAUUUAUGGUGGUGUACAAGCUGUAUGUAUUAGUACUGAGGAGGUUGUAAUGGGGGUGGUGCUUUUCUAAAUGUAGUGUAUGGCUGACCCCGGUGCUCAGGCAGGUCACCAGGAAGUGGCUGCAUCCCAUUUCACAGCAGCAACUUCAUUGAGCACAUCCUGCCUGCGGAGGAGCCAAAACAAACAGGAGAAAUUUCCACUUUAGGAAGACAUGCUCAUGUUCUGCUGACUUAUUUAGACUUGCAGCAAAGCUGACACUGUUUAUAUGAUGUUUUUAGAGUCUCCUACGGGCAGUUUCAGUUUUCAUUUGAGGUCACAGGUCAAGAUAGCCAAAAGGCCAACACAACCAAGUUUGACCUUUUGUAAGUCUUUUAGAUAAGUCUUUUUGCCUCAGUCAACUCAUAGUUCUAAUGUCCUGUAUUUUGACAAAUCAGCUGAAACAGUUAAGGGAAAAAAACAAACACACUCUGUUGUUGUCUAGAUUAUUGUUCAAGACAAGCAAGACUUCUGACUCCAAACUGAUGAACUGCCUAAAUCCGCUGUCCAUUCUGCGGUCUAAUAAUAUUUUCGUCCCACAGGCUCAAAACAAACAGACAGGCGUCCUUGCUGCAGCCAAAGUUAUUGACACAAAGACUGAAGAGGAGUUGGAGGACUACAUGGUGGAGAUUGACAUCCUUGCCUCCUGUGACCACCAAAACAUUGUCAAACUGCUCGACGCUUUCUAUUAUGAGAGCAAACUCUGGGUGAGUACAAUAAAGAACUCUCUGGAGUUACAAAGUCAACAGUUUUUCUUCUCUACAACCCCCCAAGCAGAGGCAAUCAUGCCCACUAACAGCAUUUUGAAAAAGUAAAAAAAAAACAUCUUAAAGCACAAAUUAGGAAUAACAUAUAGUUAUGGCGUCUAAUUUUUUUAAUGACUGCAGCUUUUUCAGCCUCAAAUUUGAUCAAAACAGAAACUGAAUGUGUUUGAAAUGAAAAAUACAAAAAAAAUCACAGAGAAUAUAACGCUUCACUGAGUCAUUUUGUGUGAGCUUUUUAUUCAGGCUGUCCGUCUAAUAGAAAUAUGGGCUGAGAGUGGGCUUUGACAAUAAAUGCAUUCAAUAUCACUGUGCUGUUAUUUCAAGGUUUUGCAGUUCACACACAUUUCUUUGCUGCUGCUGUGCUGUUAUCAAAGUGUGAGGCCAAAGUUCAUACAAGUAGCAGAAACAAGCAGCUUUCGUGGCUGUUAAUCAUCAUACCUGUUUGUUGCUCAGCCUCUUUUGAUGAACUCAUUUUUUACUACCUUUUCAUUUCAUUACACUGUAGCCUUUUAGUCAAGCAAAUACACACAUAUUUGGAAACUGAAAUGAUUUUGAAACAGCCUCAAGUUUCUGUGCAUCACAAACCCUUAAGAUCUGGUACAUCAGAGUUGUGCUCCAGUGAAAACUGAGCAGUUACAUACUGUAUGUUGGUAGAUAUUUGACUUUCACCCUAUAAGCAAACCUGAAUCUAAAAGUUCAAUGUGUGGGAGCAUGGGAGGUGUUCAUGCAUAAAUAACCUGCUUGUGUGGGCUCGAACCUCAUGGAUUACUUUAAUUAUAGGUUGUUCCAAACAGUAGCUUGAAUAUCCAGCUCUGCUUCACAAACACAUUUUUGCCCUAAACACAUAUUUAGUAGGGGUGGGAGAAAAAAUUGAUACAGUAUAAUAAUGCGAUAUUUUGUCUGGUGAUAUAUCGUAUUGUCUCAUUGAUCAAGUAUCGAUUUUUUCAAAUUAAUUGGUAAUAUGAACUCAAUUAUAUGAUAAUGAGAAAAUAAAAUCAACUGUUUGUCUAGUGAGGUUUGCAGAGGAGACAUUAUAGAGCAAGAGAAAGUUAGUGUAACAAAUAUAGCAGCCGCUCGGGAGGGACAUUAGGAAUGCAAGCAGGGCACAAAUGCGAUGGACCUGACACAUAAGGUUUGCAAGACGUGCUACAUGAAAAUAAAAUACUGUGUAAAUAAGACAAACAUAUAGGAAAAACAGCUGAAAAAAUUGUAUAAAUCACAAGAUGUUGUAUCGCAAUACUCACUGCAUUGCAAAAUGUUAAAAAUCGCAAUAAAAUCGUAUCGUGGCUCAAGUAUCGUGAAAAUAUUGUAAAAUAUUAGUGAUUCCCACCCCUAGCAUUUAGUUGAGCAAACUUGGCAGAAAUGGAAUAUGAUAUUGAUAAGUGUGUAAAAGAAUUAAGAAAAACUUUCAACGUAGUCUUUGUAUUAAGUGAGUGGCCAGGUAAAUGCAUUGGCUGAAAGACGAAAAUGAUGAAUAUUUCUACUUCAGCAAGGUAGAAGUCAACUACAGAUUUACAGAGAUGCUUAGAAUGAGCUGUAAAAAAAGAUAAAGGUUAUUGGAGCACAUAAAAACAGACAAGGAAUACAGACACCAUACAAAGUCUAAUGUGGGGAAGGCAAUUCCAUCCUCAAGUCACAGAGUUUUUUAUAACCAGGGCAAACCAUGAAUCUAGUGACUAUCAUAUGAGUCAGUGCACAAAUAUCUAAAAAGAUAGUCAGUCAUUAUGAACUCCCAUGAUUACCUGUGCAUUGAAUUCAGCACAUUUCAUUGAGCGCUCAGCCCUUUUCCUCCUCAUUGUUCCCUGAACAAUAGCUUCAGUUGAAUGGAGGCUGUCUGUUGAUUUUUAUCUCGGCCUGUGUGUGCAGCACCUGCUCGUGCAAAGUAGAGACAAAGUCAUUAUAUAUGAAGAGCCGAGAGUGUUUCUUAGACAUUUCCUCUUCGAAAUGAAAGACUUUUCCACACUGUCAUGACAGAGUGUGGGAAAUCUAACCAUCCUGAGCUGUGACUCCCAUUGCUGCUAAUAUUUUUAUCCAUUAAAUCACAUGAAGGUGAUAUCUUGUCCACUCUCAUUUCUUUUCCCUCUUACAUGAGUGCACAACUGUCUAUACCAGUGGUUCUCAAUCCAGUCCUCGAGCCCCCACUGUCCUGCAUGUUUUUGAUGUUUCCCUGUUCCAACACACCUGAUUCAAAUGAUCAGCUCGUUAUCAAGCUCUGUAAUGGCUUAAUAACGAGCUCAUCAUUUGAAUCAGGUGUGUCGGAGCAGGGAAACAUCCAAAACAUGCAGGACAGGGGGGGCUCGAGGACUGGCUUGAGAACCACUGGUCUAUACACUGGUAUAUGUAGGUGUGUGAAAUAAACAAGAGGGAGAGGAAGCUGCAGCCCUGGCCUGAGGUUCCUCCCUGCCUCCUGCCACUCUGAAAGACCACUGUGAGGACCAUUGUACAACAGCAGGGCCGCUAAAACAACAGUACGCCCACAGUGAAACACUAGAAUGGCGUGCGUGUUGAAUAGGCAAGACGGAGACUUGAGCAAUUGUAUGUCUUGUAAGGGCUUUGUUGUUGUAAGUGGAACAGUCUUGAAAACCUCAACUGAACAAUAGAAUACCACAAAACCUCUGGGAAAGAAUCAUGUUUUAGGGGAAAAAUAACUUUUUUAAGUUGCAUUACUUUUCAAUUUCAAUACAUAUGACACAAAUCUGGGCCUCAACUCUUCUCAAUCUCAAUCAGUUUGUCAGUGUUACAAAAUUGUAAAGCUGCAGUUUUACCUUCUCUUCCUGGAGAUUUGAUAUUUCUUAAUUUUUUAUCCUAUCCUCAGUGAGAUCAAAGCCCCCUACAGUUUUGACAUGCAUUUGAUUGUGGAUUAAUAUUAAUUGCCUGUUAAAAACCCUACGGUUUCACUCUUGCUAAAUUUGGAAGCUGAGUUGCAUACAGAGGCAAAGACAGUGUUGCAUUUAAUAUGAAGAGCAGUGAUUUAUUAUAUGGAUGCUUCUUGUUGUGCUUGAUGUUGAAUGAGAUGAUUCUGCAUUAAAGCAGGUUAAAAAAAAAGAGAAAUUCUUGGGCCAGCCCUGGCAAAGUCUGUUUUUGACUCUUAUUCACUGGUAUAGUCACUUUAAAGAUUAAAGAUUAGAUUGGAUUAGAUAGAACUUCACUGAUCCUUUUGGGAAGGUUCCCUGAAGAAUCUGAAACUUGAACUAUCUCUACUUAUACAAUCGCUGUCUGAUAUUACAGAGAAUACACUUUUUUUGCACCAGUUGUGCAUGGCCUUUUUUUUUUUUUUUUACACUAACACCUCAUUCAGUGUCAAUACUGUACACUGCAUAGCUCUUUGAUGGAUUCUCUGUAUGGAACAGGACUUCAAAUUUUAGGUCUUAAAUAACACAUUUGCAUUAUCUUGCCUGCUCCAGCUUUGUGUAAAUCUAUGUUUCCAAAUUUACACAAACUUAGCACAACUGUGUUAGGUCCAUAGACCGAAGACCUAAAAAAAAUGAACAUUCGCAGUUUCUGUUUUUGCCUGUGAUCCACCAAAUCUGUGUGCUUCAUAAGUAGAAAGUAAAAAAAAAAAAAGAUACAGAAGCCUCUAUUUGAAAGCCUUUUGUUUGUAAAUUACUGUGUCCCUGUAAUGCACCACAGAUCCAUUUUUUAUGGUGUCCUUAUGUACUGAGAUGAGUAAAAUAGACGGUGGCAUUGAAAAGAUUUGGUUGAAAAGGUUUUCAAAUGUCAGACUGUUGUGUUCUGCUUUUUUGAAAGCAUGUUUGAAAAGAUUGACAAAAAAGGGGGCUAUGUUUAUGAGUACAACAAAUCACAGGCAAUGUUCAGAUUCAUGAAGAUGCAUAUAGAAUCAGGGAUUAGAAAAAAUAAUAAUACAAAGGUCUAUACAAUAUGUUCCUCCCCUCUUGUAAAUGCAAGUUUUUCAAGGACUAGCUUGAAAUUACCAGAUACAAAGCCUGGCAACAUAUCAUCAUAUAGUUUGAAUGUAACAUGCCAACACUAGAGAUAGCAUUAUGUGACAAGGCUCGGCUUCUAUCUGUAAUCCUAAAGCUCCAUAAAUACACUUCAUUGCAUGAUCAUGCACACUAGUUUCCUGCCGACAAACAGGUCUCUGAGGUGUCCUGGUUGUGUAGCCAUAAGUUGUAUAAUUGAAUUUAUGAAUAUGGAUAAAGCUUUUUUCAGAUUUCCUGAAAUCUGAACAUGCUUCCUCCUGUUAUCCAAUAGAAACAAAGCCAUUGUAAUAAAGUGAUAAUGUUAUCAAGGUUUCUUAACCGUCUCUGUUGUGGCAGUGACUAAGAUGGUGAGAAAUCAGGAAACAGUUACAUACAGACAAUCAGAGGCUGUGCUCAUGGCAGCAUUGAAUAUAAAGAUAGGAAUAAUCUGAUUUUCAUGUGUUUUAUGUUAACAUCUUACCUAGAUUAUGAUGAUAACUAGGAAAAGCUAAAACUGGGAUGCCAAAAAGCAUACUAACAGACACUCAGCUCUCGAUGCUCUGCCCUAUAAACCACUAUAACCAUUCCCACUUCUGCCCGGAGGUGCUGCGUCCAUAAAAUCUUUAAUCCUAUUUAAAGAAUAAGGCCUCAGGUCUGGCAGUAUAGCUAGCUAGCCAGCCAGCGAGCUAGCAGCUGUGGAACCUUUUCCACAAUGUGGCCUCAACCGGGCCAAUCCUCUUACAUCAACAUCCAUGUUGAAAGCUUCUAUAAAUGCCUUUGAGGGCUCAGAGUGUUUCAUUCGCACAGGCUGGAUGGGGGUUAAUUCUCAAAUUGCCUAGGCUCAGUGAAAACGUGAUGAUGUUGACUUUGUAGGUGUUGAGUACGUAAUCAUAAACAGUGAAUGUUCCAGCAGCUGUAUGCAUGUAGGCAAAAAAACAUUGCCAUGUGGAUCUGAGAACCUUCCAGAGCCUCACAAUAGGUUCAAGCUGGGUGCUCGUUCCAAGAGGGCCUGCUGUCACUACGAGUGUGUUAUAGUUAUUAAAAAAAAAUGAUAUCCUGGUAACUUGGAGGAUUUUGCUGAUUAUGACAAUUUACAAUAAAAAACAUCAAAAAUUAUGUUAAACAAAAAUGUGUUGGUGAAAGUCAGGUAUUGCACCAGCUUUCUAUUGUUAAUUUAUUGUUAAUAUUGUCAAAAAUAUAUUUUUUUACUCAUUAACUUAAAUUAUUGUCAUUAGAGAUAAUACAAUACAAAAACACUGAAUUCAACAAAGCAAGUUUUGGGAUCAAACAGUAGAAACCGUUUCAAAGUGGUCUUCAAGAUCUACUUUGUGCAAUAAGACAAUAAUACUACAAUAAGACAAAGACUGAAAAAACAAGUAAAAGAGCAUUUUAAAAUGACACUUUGUUGGCUGAUGACUCUGCCUAGGUUUGCAUAGUACGUUUUGUUUGUACAUUUUAUUAUUUUGGCACCUAAACUUUCAGUCGUGGUCAAGCAUUGAGUCCCAAAGCUUUUCAUAUGCUGUGUGGUGGUUGAUUGGCAGAUGGUGAAACAAGUGAGUUAUCCAACUGUCUUGAUGGCAACCACUUUUAGUCUGUAGAUUGGUGUCCUUAAGCCACCUCUGAACCACAUCGUUGUACGUGAGGAUGAUCCAUGCCAAGUAAUUAAAACUGAUGACAGCUGGUGUUGGUUUUGUUUGGUAUUCUGGCUCUGUUUUUUCACUUAUUUUAUCUUCAGUAAGUUGUAAACACUACGUGUGUUUUUGAUGUAAAUGCAUAGAGCAAAAGCCUGGCCUGAUCAUAUUCAGUGAAUUCAGCUGACUCUCAAGGUGUGUGUCGAUUGUUGAGUGACAUACUUUAAGUUGUGUCUGCGUGUUGUUAAAAAAGAAAUAUUUUGUUAUCUCAAGAUACUAUUCAGUAAGUCACACACUCGGCUAUCAACAGAUUAAAUUAAUUUUGUGGCACAUCCUCAAGCUUAUUUCCGAAUAAGUUUUCAUGUCAAAUUUAGCUUUAAUUUGAAGCCAAUUAAAUCAACAGCAGUCUUGUUUACAGAAACAAACAAAGUGUUUAGCCUGAAAAAAUCCUACAUGAAACAUAAUCUGUGUAUGCUGAAUUCAUGUGCAAAAAAUGCCUCUUUAACCCAAAUAUUGUCAAAACCCACUUGUCAAAACCAAAGAAUGCUUUAAGCACUUACUCGGUUUAUCCAAUUUUAACAACUUGUUUACACACAAUGCUUUACUGCUUUACAUGUCCGUGCUUUGCUCUGACCAGCAUGCUUUACAUCAUGGUUGUUACUGAUUUAACAUCUGUAUGUCCUUUAUACAUUUACUGACUGAUGUAUGAAAACAGUCUUUCAAAUUUGGAAUAUUAUAAAAACAACGCUUUUGUAAAUUGUGACACCUCUGUGUCUGAUUGUGUUCUCUUUUUCCCCGUUGUUGGCAGAUCCUCAUUGAGUUCUGUGCAGGAGGGGCUGUGGAUGCAGUCAUGCUAGGUGAGUCAGCAUUUACACUUUGCAUGCAGGUUGUUAUUUGGUGCAGCAGCAAACAGCAAAGUGGAAAUGAAUCUACCAAAUUCUCUUGCGGACCACCCGCAUAUGACAUACUUCAGUCAUCAAUCCACCAAGUGCAGCUGAACCCUUAUUACCAUCUAUGAUUAGGCUGCAUUAGUGAAUUCCUGGUUCAAGAAUGCCAAGCAUGUGUUUGUGUGACCCUCGUCCCCCUGCAGAACUGGAGAGACCCCUGACAGAGCCUCAGAUCAGGGUGGUGUGUAAGCAGACUCUGCAGGCUCUUGUCUACCUCCAUGAUAACAACAUCAUCCACAGGGACCUGAAGGCUGGAAACAUCCUCCUCACGCUGGACGGUGACGUCAAGCUGGGUAAGGGCAAAGUCAUAUCCUGCUGUUGACACCAGCAGCUACAUCCUGCCUCUCAGGCUCAUUAGUGACAGGAGUGUGGCAUUAAAACUACCUUCAGCAUGGAUCGUUAUGAAAUCAGUAACAGCUUGAUAUGAAUAGAUCUUUAAUGUUAUGAAACAGCAGAAAGAACUCGACAGCUGCAAUGACUAAUGUCUGAAUGUGCAAGGUGUCGAUUUAUAAAUCUCAGUCAUUGAAUCUUUUCCCUUUGAACCAAAAUAAAAGACUUUAGCCAUUUAGUGUCUCAAAGUCCAGAGAGAAAAAAAUCGGAGCUGCUGUGCUCCCAGCGCCUGCAGCCCCUUUCUAGAGAGCUUUGAAGAAACAUAGAUCUCACCGCUGUUGUAAUCACGAGGCCCAUUUGUCCUGAGGAAGAAACAUCUAUGACAAUUUUAUCUGUGGGCGGAAAACUUGCAACUGAGACCUUGAACUGGACCUCAUUAAUAAUCAGCAGCUCAAUCUGUAGACUUUCCUGCAACUUGUAUCUGCAGAACAGGGUUGGAAAAGCCUUUAUUUGUAUUCACUUAUUAUCUAUGAUCACAGAGAAAAUGUAACACAGAUAUAAAAUGUGAUAGUGCAGGGCUUGAAACAAACUUUUUUCCCCAAGUAGAACAUGUGCCCCUAAGUUGAAAAAGUAAGGAGUACACAAAGAACACAAAGGGCACAAUGAAAAUGGAUCAGAUAACGUGUGUUUUAUUGUCCGACCUUAGUACUCUUAUUUGAAGUCAAUUUUAGGUCAACUGGUCACAUCAACCAGUAAUUUAUUGAUGGUCCCUUAUUCAACACCUGACGUUGACAGCGAGGAGGGCGCCGAGUAGAUUUAACCUCGCUGCUGUUGUUGUUCCCAGUUAUGGAGAGUGAAAACGCACUGGCAGAUCCGCAGUUAAUGUCAGUCAGAUAUUCAACCUAAAACUAACACCACUGCAGUAUUUACAUGAAAAAACAUUUGUUGCCUCAGCUGAUAUUUUUUAUGCAUACGUGCCCCUACAUACAUUUUACAAUUCGCACACAUCUAUUUUUAGUCACACAUGCUACAGUGGUUGCACUGUCGAUCCCUGGAUCACAACUAAACUAAAGCACAUGUUAACAAACUCUAUACCUUAAUGUAGCUAAUAAACUGUCAAGCCUUUUCAGACAGCGAUCAUCACAAGAUAUCAUCAGACUGGCAGCUUUAUUAAAUGAUGGUUUCUGCAAAAAUAAUAAUAAUAAAAAAAAGAAUUAAAAACAUAUUACUCAGACCUAGUUGUUACGGAAACUGACCCAACCUUUCAGGGUUAAUAUCCAGAUUGUAUUUGAUAAAUCCCUGAGUCUGUCAUGCCUUAACCAGAGUUGUUGUAAGAUAAGUGGAUGGAAAUGCAAUCCGUGUCAUCAGGUACCAACAAAUGUGUUUGAGAAAGUUGAGAGCACUGCGGAAAUAUUUCACCUUACAAUUUCAUGUUUGAUAGCUCAGUUAAACAAUUAUUUUAUUUUUCAUAAAUUAGUUCAGUGAGGGGUUGUCACAGAACCAGAAUUUCAAUUUGAUACAAUAACAGUAAUAAUGAAAAACACUCAUACUUUUUUUUAUAUCAAGGCAAUAAAAUUAAACAAAGGGCAGCAUUCGACAAAGUGUUUAAAAAAAAAAAGAAAACAAUUGAGAUCAUUCAUAAAAAUAAUAGGUGCAAGAUCUAAUAUUUUUCAUAAGCAUCGGUGCUUUUUGAUUCUGUCAAAACAAGAUUUUUUUCCUUUGAAACCAUGUGGUAGACUACAGAGAUGAAGGGCAGGCGCCUCUGGCCAAACAAUCAAUCAAGCAAUCAAUAUUUAUCCUAUGAUUUUUUUUGUGUUAUCUUAAGUUGUUAUUCAUCAUUCACACUCUAAAAAGACCUUGUGGUGUUGUAGCUCAGAAAAAGAAAACAAUUUUACCCCCUUGAAGUUUGUCUGCACUGGUAUUUUUGCUCUUUCUAUGUAAGAAGCUUAGAAAAAUUCACAUGACCCUUGUCAUGACAUCAAACUUCAUGGAUGUAAAAACAGUCAUAAGGAGGAAUCUUGUGCUGUUUUGCUCAUGAUUGAAAUUCUUUACAGGGUUUUGUGAGGAGGAAGGGAACAGUAACAGUAAAAUGUGUCAUUUAGACCAACCUGACUCCAUAAAACUGUUGAAAGUUGAAUUCCUGUCAGCAGCAAAUACAGAAUAGUGAGAGUGCAAAAUACAAAAAAACACUUAAUGGGAUAACAAUAAAACAAAAUUAUCAGCCACAUGGGUCCUGUCUGGGAAAGUGGAGUGGGUAUCAGUGUUUGCAGGCAUAUCCUGCUUUGAAAUAGUGUUAAUGUAACGCUUAAAAAUGUGUGAAGAGGUUUUUGCUGGAAUGCAGACUUUAGUGUAGGCAUGAGGAAAAGAUCUGUAACCAUAGCUGGUCAUGCAGUGGUGAAAUUGAACUAUGGAUGUUUUAAGUAACUGUUAAAAGAGUGUGAUCAUUCGGAUCUUAAAUUAAAUAUACAUGAAGUCACUUGUGAAGCUGGGAGAGCCAUGGCAUUAGAGCGGGAAAACGCAGUGCAGAGUGGGUCCAGUUGAGCUUACGGUUUUCUGUGAUGCUCCAGAAAUCUGACACAGAAGCCAUGUUCAGUAGAAAUAUUGGGUGUUUUUUUUUCACCAGUGGCAGGUAAAGAGUUAAGAUUGGUUUAUUUUUUAUGAUUUCUAAGAUUUAUGGAGGUGUAUUUACAGUGAUAUAUCAAAUGCUGAAUCCAGAGAAUGUAAACUAAAUGCUGUGAGAGAGUAAAAGUUCCCAAGACAAGUUGUAGCCUUAGUUAAAACUUGGUCCACACUGCCUUAUCAUCUUUGAAAAACAGUCGUCUUAAAUAACCUUCACUUAGUCAACCCUCCAUCUCAACUCUGCUUAAACGUAAAGGCCUGAUGAUGUGGGUUACAUGGUCAGACACAUAGACUGGAUGGGCAUGCUUGUGUAGUGCACAUAGGCGCACACAUACAGGAAACUGUUCUCAGGCACACAACUCUUAUGCUCCAAGGAACUUUUAAUGCUCAUGCACAGAAGAAUAGCUUGAUCGCUAGCUUUACUCUUCCAUGAAAGACACCAGUGGUAUCCUAAAAUGCAGAAAUUUGCUCACACAGACACAAAGGUCUGCAAGGCCUAGUAGUGUCGAACCAAUCACUGCAGUUCAAGAAAGAUGUUUGUUUUCCUCCAGGAAGAGUUGCAUGAUAAGAGAGUGCCAUGUCAGAGAAGGGUCCGGCUUAAAUGCUAGAAAAAAAGAGAAAACAGUAAUGUUUCAUUUUAAGGGCUCAAUGACACAGAAGUAGUAUCAGUCUUUGUCUCUUUUUAAAGUACCGUGGUGUCCACCAGAUUCGGUUAUUGAGUGUGUCGGUAAGCAUGAAAAAUCCGAUGGGCCACAGCAACAUGCUUUCAUUUUUUUAAGGAAGAGUAUUUUACAGGAAACUUUAUAUCGUCUGAUUCCGAAAACUCGUACUGUUGAUUAGCCGUUGCGGCUUCAAAAUAUGAACUCGUCUUGAGCUUCUCUUCAGUUUGUACACAAACGCUUGUUCACAGCAGAUGCAGUUAUGUCGCUUACUUAGAGAGAUGUGAGUCACUGUUGGUGGAUGUAACAGGCUCAGAGCGAUAACACACAACGAACAGGCUGUCCAGUGACAGAACACAACACACAGAGGUGCUUGUGCACAUGCCUGUGAGGAUAAUAAUGAGGCGUUGCUCAUAUGUGAUGCAUCCAAAACAUGAUGUCAUUGAGAAGCAUGAAACAUACAGUUUCUGGGGCUGUGUUUUCAGAUCAUACUCAACCCUUCCUGCUUUGAAAACCUUUUAUUAAUUUUUAGAGUAAAGGUUUAAUUAUUUAUUUUUUGUGUGUGUGUGGCUUCAUUCUUGUUCAUUCUUGAAGUAAAUGGUGACAGUGGUGGUUCGAUGGCUGAUUCCUGUGUUUCUCGAAUCACAUGUCUUUCAGCUGACUUUGGUGUGUCUGCCAAAAACACCAAAACACUGCAGAGAAGAGAUUCUUUCAUUGGGACGCCCUACUGGUGAGUGGAAUACCCUGAAAACAAAUUUCAUGAUCAAUAGAUAUUUUUCCAGACUUCUUUUCAAAGAAAAACACAAAUUUGUUCUGUGAUCAGAUUCGCUUUUUGGCUCUCUUAAACACAACCAAAUCAAUUCCCAUGAACUUCAGACCUCUUUUCUCUCUUUCUUUCCAGGAUGGCUCCAGAGGUGGUGAUGUGCGAGACGUCAAAGGACCGUCCGUAUGACUACAAAGCUGAUAUCUGGUCCCUGGGAAUCACCUUGAUUGAAUUGGCACAGAUUGAGCCACCCAAUCACGAGAUGAACCCCAUGCGAGUUUUGCUGAAAAUAGCCAAAGCAGAUCCUCCAACCCUUAUGCAGCCGUCACGCUGGUGAGUCAUGACAUAGAGCUGUUCAGGAACAUCAAAACCCAGUCGAGCCCCUGGUAGGGAUGGUCAUGCAUUGGUUUUUCUUGUUCAACCAAACGGGCUCUCUUUAUUGUUUGCCAAAGCUUUUUUCAUCAGCAUUUAAGACAGGCUGACAUCAUGAGAUAUAGCCAAAACGAAUUUUUAAAUUUUUGCACACGAGUGACAUAAGACACAUGUCUGUUUUUACCACUUUAUCCUUGAAGGUCCCCAGAAUUCAGUGAUUUCCUGAGGCGAUGUCUGGACAAGCAUGUGGACAACAGAUGGGGGGCUGCACAGCUACUACAGGUACUUGCUCAUUUGCAACUUUGCAAAUGUUUGUUACAUCAUUUCUGUCGCUCUGAACCCAGUGUUUGCAAGAUGUUGCACUCGUUCUGUAAAGCAUCAUGAGUUAGAUCUUUGUGUAAAAGUCGCUAUACAAAUGAAUAUAUCAGCCUCCUUGGGGGAACUGUUCCGGAGUAUUAACCACCAGAUAAUUAUAUUUGGUGAACUAUUUUGUUUUGCAUCAUUUUAACCGGUUCCAGAGAACAGCCUCGUAUACCAGUGAUGAAUGAGACAAUUUCUCCUCCUUUAACUCUUUGUGUACUUGUCUCUGCUGUUUUCUGAAUGAUUUAGUAAAGGUUUCUACAGAGAGAGAGAGAGAAACAGAAGGGAAUAGAGAAGUCAGUACAUCAAUAAUCUUCUAUUGAUGAUACACAGAUAUUUUGAUUUGUUUCACCAAGUCUGAUCAGUUGUGUUUUCAACUGUGCCAGAUUUGCAGUCAAGGGCAAUGAAGUGGGCCUGACAUUUUCAGCUGCACUUAAAACAGUUUUUUUUUUUUUUUUCAAACUUGAAAUAAAUGCAAAUGAAUUAUUUCACAGUAGAAGUGAAAGACUUAUUUGGUAGAGGCACGCAAAAGUGCGUGAACACCAUUAAAUGCUAUCAGUGCAUGUAUUCACUUCUUUACAACAGUCAGCAUGUAUUUUCUCACUAUUCUGAGGGUGACAGACUGCUUCUUCUUGUUGAUAUCCAUUACCCAUGGAGUGGAGCUGCUGUGGCUCUGGUUUGAGCUGUUCAGGACUAAAUCAGGCUGAUAUGUCUCCGUUCAAAAGCUACAGAUAAACUCUGUAUUUUGGCCUCCCUGUCCCACAUUCCCUUGUGAAAGUUGCAGCAGAAAGUCAUUUGUUUUUCAAAUUGAUGCCUCUGACUGUUGUAUUCACAAAUUUCUGCUAUGCUGUUGUUGCAAAUCAGGCACAAUGGUUUUCCAUUUGGAGUUGUAAAGUAAAUAACUACUCUGCCCUCCAGGCAGGGCUAAACUGUCGCAUUAGUGUGAACAACAACAUUUGGUAACACAUUAUUUGACACCUAUCUCUAUAACGCAUUAUAAAUAUCUGUAUAAUGCUUUAAGAUCAGGCAAUAGCACUGUAUACUUUGCAUUAUUUAUGUGGGCAUUGUCAGUGAGUUGUUAACAGUUAUAACACAUUAUAAUACCUGAUGUUGUAAAGUCAUGAUAAAAUGCUUUAUAAUGUGUUACGAUUAUUGCUAUAAAGCGGUGGUUCUCAAGUCCAGUCCUCGAGGCCCACUGUCCUCCAUGUUUUGGAUGUUUCCCUGCUCCAACACACCUGAUUCAAAUGAUCAGCUCGUUAUCAAGCUCUGUACCGGCUUAAUAACGAGCUGAUCAUUUGAAUCAGGUGUGUUGGAGCAGGGAAACAUCCAAAACAUUCAGGACAGCGGGCCUCAAGGACUGGACUUGAGAACCACUGCUAUAAAGCAUUAUGAUCAUUUAUUAGUGUUUGUGUUAGUCGUUAUACAGUGCUUUAACGUGAUUAUAACGCAUUAUAAAUAUAUUUAUAAUGUUUAGUAGAGAGAGGCAUCAAAUAAGAUGUUACCCAACAUUUUUUAAAAGCUAGGCUAUGAAGCAUGGUCAUGCUCGUUUGAACAGGACUGCUUUUUUGAGCUUCCUGUGCAUGUGCAGGUCUUUCCAAGGACAGAAGUAUGAGGUAGAAGAGUCAGUAUCAAGCUACUUUUGUGCACACUGUAUGCUGUUCAAUAGUUUUUUCAUGUAAAGGAUUCACAUGCACUGGAGGAGUCUGGGCCACUUUUUACACUCUUGUUCUGUGAGUUGGUGUAGCUGUUAUUUCCUACGUUGGUUUGAAUGUUUCUGGUAGGCUAUGUUAUGCAAUUUUGUAAAACAGAGGAACAGAAUUUAAAACCACACAAAUAAUGAAUGUUUUUGGGCUGUUAAAUAUUACGAAAUACAAAAAAAAUUGGUUUAUGGAACAGAAAGAAACAGAAAAGGGAGGGCCAGGGAGUGUGCAUGCAGCGAGAGACCAGAGGUGGAGGUGUGCGUGAGUGGAGAACUGGAGCAGGGUGAGCAGAUUAUGUAGUUAGUCAACACCAAAAUAAAGUGUAAAGGAGGAGCCAAACGGUGAAGUUAGACUGAAUUGAUCAAAAAUAGAGUAGGGUCAUCUCUCAUGUUCUGCUGUAACAGUUAGCUACUGUAAGUUUUACGCUGAUUUAACACUGAAUCUUUGUUUCACAACGCCUCAGUGCUCCAAGUUUAGCAGCUGGUCACAGAAAUGAUAUGAUAAUCCUCAUUACCCAUCCCACACCCAUGUACCACCUGUCAUGCAGAGAAUACUCGUUCCUGGAUGACAUCUGUUUACCUGCUCGCUGUGGGUUUGUAUUGGGCACUGUAGCAUGUGUCCCAACAAGAUUGACACUCAUCCCUCUGUGCAGAAGCUGACGUCAGCUCUACAGGCUUUUCUUUUUCCAUUGGCUUUAAGGAGCUCCCUAGGUCAGAGCCACUUAUUUACAGAGAGGCAGUGAGGACACGCACUAACACACGAAUUACCACACAGCGCCACAGCUAAAGGGUUGUGCUCGAGGAAGAAGAGUCAAUGGGUUUGAAAAUACAACCCAGCGAUCUGCCCACGAUGAAGGUUUUGAUAUCUAAGAAGCUGCACAUACUCAGGCCAGCGAUCGAGUACGUUCAACAGAUCUCUAAGCCAAAAAAGGUGAGGCUGUGGAAGAGAUGGAAAGAUAGUGUGUUUGGUGUUAUCUCAGGUGAGAUUGUCUAGAGAUGAAGAUGCUGAGUGUGUUUGGUGUUAUCUCAGGUGAAAGUCAAGGUGUUGAUUGACUAAUAGCUUGAUUUAUUUGUUUGUAUUGUUUUGGAAGGGGUUCAGGUUGGGGUUACAGCUCCAGAGAAAACAGAGUGAAAGAAGGAUGCAGGAAAGAAAUAAGAAAGUCUGGACUUGUGUUUAAUUUUUAAAGGUUUUUUCGCUUUAUCUUGUCUUAUCUUGUUAAAAAUAGUCAAAGUCUGUCUGUCUUGGAGUAAUUUAUACCUCAAAAUCUGAGGGAUUAGCGCUCAGGCUUUACUGCCAAAGAAGUCAACCAGGUGAAAGUCAAGUUUACCCUAAGUUAUGCUUGGCACUUGGCGUAAAGAAAUCUUGUUUUCUAACCAAGUGGUGUCAUGUUAUAUAUCUUUUUUCACAGCAUUCGUUCCUGUCCAGUGUUAUAGACAGCAGGCCGCUGAGGGAGCUUAUAGCUGAGGCGAAGGCUGAGGUCACCGAGGAGAUCGAGGAGCACAAAGAAGAGGAAGAAGAAGAAGAGACAGAGGCACAUCUGGUGUGUAAACAUGAAUAUGAACUCGUUUGGAAACAAGUUUUCCUCGUUUUAUUUAAACUUUUGAACAGGCCAUUAAGCAAAACAUACUUAUUUUACAUAACGGCAACUUUUCAGCUGACAGAAACUUGAGCUCCACAUUUGUACCUUUACACAGAAACCUGCUGAAAUAAUAGUCAGGCCAUGAAGCAACUGCCUCACUUAUCAAAAUAAAUAAAAUCUUUUUAUGAUUUUUAACAUUCGUCAAAAAAGGUUCUUCUGCUUUCGUGUGUACUAUGUGUGCGAAAGGUGUUUUGAAUUGUGUUUGUUGGAUACCAGAGUUAAUAUGAACAUGCAUGUUUUGCAAUAAUUAUAAUAGUUUGAAAUCAAUCAGAGUAGAAAAAUGAUCCAAAUAAAUCCUCAUUUUAAAUCUACAAUUGUUCCACACAGCCCUGUUGAAUUGUUCAUUUAGUAAAAGUCCCUUAAAGAUAAAGAAUUUUUAUCACAGUCUUUUUAUAUGCACACAUUUUGUGUGCGCCCUGACCAUCACAGUUAAACUGUCAGGCUUUGAUCCAAACUAACUGAAACCAACACUUAGUAGUUUCACAGAUCAUUAAAAACAACGGUCCUUGGUUAGGUUCAGGGAAAAACCAUCACUCCUGUGUUUUAGUCCUGUUACAUAAGGACAUAUAUGACAGUAUUAAAUUCAAUAUUUGUUUCAGCAGAUUGUAGACUAAUAAGUUUAUUUAUCAAUAUCAGCAGAUAUGACAUUUCCUGCAGAUGUAAUUAUUAGCCAAAAAAGUGAUGCAUUAAUUAUCUGCAAAUUAUACAUGUUGGACACAUAAAAGUGUUGGUAACAGACAGCAGAUGCAUAACUUAAUAUUUACAUAUGUGAGAAAAAGUAAAACGGGUAACAUUUCAAAGAAAACAUGUAAUAUUUCUUCAUGUUUCAGCAAGUUGAAAAUAAAAGAAUAAUUAUUAUCUGAAGAUACAGUCAGCUUCCUAAGUUUCCCAAAAAGAGAACUCAAGACUUUGAAUAAGGAACACUGUAGUUUGAUAUAGGCUGAUCUGCACCAGCAGCAGACAAAAUAUGGUGUUUUAGGAAUCCUGAUGCAGCAAAAGGUAUUUUUUAUUUUUUUAAAUCCACCAGUGAAGAGUAAAUUGAUGAAUUGACUAAAAGCGAUGGUAAUGAGGUUUGUGCUGCCUUAUUGUGUUCUGAUGUUUGGAAAAGAUAGCAUUCCUGACUCCACUCUGUCUCUUUUACCUCUUCCUUCAGGGCCACAAACGUGCCCCCUCUGAUGUCAGCGUUGCCAGCUCAGAGGAUGAAAAGGUCCCCCUCUCUCCCUCCAUUUUGGAAUCAGUCCCUGAGAAGGCCGAGCCAAUUUUGCCGGGACCCACACCCGCCACGCACCCUGUAGCCAACCAUGUGGAAACCAGCUUAGUGGAGGAGCCGGCUGCUCCGUCUUCCCCUGCUGCUGGGAAACACACUCCAGAUGAAGACAGAAAGGUCGACCAUGAACCAGAAAAGGUUCCAGAAGCAGAAGUGAGCGAUGUUGCCUCUGAAGCAGAGAUUGAAACAGGGAUACCUGCGGAGGACAUGCAGAACCUGGAGAUAGCAGUUGAGGAUGAAAAGGAGUUUGACACAGCUGAGGUUCCAGUCGAUCCACCAAGCACCACAGAGGCCACUGAGGCUCCACAGGAAGAAAAGAUGGAUGUCCCGGAGGAAGAGGAGGACCCUUACAAAAAUCUGAAGAUGACGCUGACAUUACCAGGACAGGACAAAGUUGUCCUCAAAAAGGACGAUGAGGGCGAGAAGACAAUUCCAGACAAAGCUAGGGAUGACAAAGAGAGAGACUCAGACUCAGGGAGUGGCUCUGCUGCUGAUAACAGUAGCGUGGACAUGAAUCUGUCCAUCUCAAGCUUUCUGUCCAAGACAAAGGAGCCUGGGUCUGUUUCCAUACAGGUAACUCGCCUGUCCUCAAGUAUCAAACACUGUAUCACAUUCUGCAUAGCUAAAGGAAAUACAAUAACCUGUUUUUCCUUGUUUAUCUAGGACACCCGACGCCAGAAGAAGACGCUGAAGAAGACACGUAAAUUCAUGGUGGAUGGGGUGGAAGUCAGCGUGACUACAUCAAAGAUCAUCACUGACAAUGACACCAAGAACGAGGAGAUGAGAUUCCUGAGGUAUCCGCCUGCUCUUAUCAGCGUACACCAUGUGCACCAGUUUAUGCAAAUAUUAUAAAAAUGUCAUGCAAAUAUGUUUCACAGAAACCUUAGCGUACAACCUUACAAUGUGGAGUUAAUCUUUAUACAUGCCAAACCUUUUUUCAAACCCUUUAUAAAGAUUAACUCCUGUGAUCUGCGGGAUAUUAAAGAGACAUAACUUAAUGAGUCUUACUUUUUUUUCCCUUUACCCCCCCUGUACUCCAGGCGCCAGGAGCUGAGGGAGCUGCGUCUCCUGCAGAAGGAAGAGCAGAGGGCCCAGCAACAGCUUAGCAACAAGCUGCAGCAGCAGAAAGAGCAAAUCUACAGGCGAUUUGAGCAGGAGACCACAGUGAGUCGCUCAACCCAGAAUGUCAAUACUAAGAGAGGGUCAAAUUUGUAUUUUGAAAGUGUCUCCACAGGUGUUUUAGCAACAAUUAUCAAAGCUCUGCACUCUUUUUAAUUCUAUACACAAAGGCAAUGUGGUGCACAUGUAUUUAAGGAAACAUUCCCUUAAUGAUAUUCCCUCUAUUCACUCUUCUUCAUAUGGGUCCUUUGAGAGAUUUUGGUUUCUCUUUCUGUGAAUGGGUCUCCAUACUAUAGUGAGAUGAACAAACUAAAAUUAGACUCAAAACACUGUCAAAACUCUUGUUUACAAUGUCCAAUGUGGGAAGUUUUUUUAUGACUACCCCAAAUUACUAAGAUGAUUCACACUGGAUAAAUGUAACAGUAUGAUCAGAAGACCUCUGCUGACCCAGAAUAUGAUGGAUUAUCACAUGCAUGGUCCAGCUUGCAGAUUUGGACGUCUGUUGGCUAUAAUUACACAUUAACAUAGGUUCCCUGGUGAUCCUAAUCCUGUUCUUAUAGUGCUUUGGACUUUCCUUAUUUGGCCUCUAUGCAACAUCCUUGACAUCGACAACUUCUUAAAAGUACUCCUGAGUUUUUACACUGUGAAAAAAGAAAACUGUUCAAAUUCAAAUUCAGCUUUAUUUAUAUGGCACUUUUCAUACAAGAAUGUAAUUCAGGGUGCCUCACAGGGGCUUAAAACAACAAUAAAACCCAACCCUCACACUCAUAGACCCCCACACACACAAAGACACACACGGCCACCCUCACCCACACACACAAGCGCACACAGAGCGAGCAUUUAAGAUAUAUUGCUAAAGAGGCAUGGCUUGACAUCAGAACAUUUUGGUGAGGAAAGAGCUACCUUUGGGAAACACUGGAGACAAAAAUAAUUAAGAAUAGUAAAAAGAAAGAGUAAAACCUGAUGGACUAAGACAAGAAGAUAAUAUAAAAUAAACAAAUAAGUAAGAGCUCUUUACCAUGUAGAAGGGGUAAAAGAAGUAAAAACCUCAUUGGAGGGAAUCAAGGAAAAGACUCAGAACAGAGCAAAAAAAAAAAAUAUAUAUAUAUAUAUAUAUAUAUAUAUAUAUAUAUAUAUAUAUAUAUAUAUUAAGGCUGUCAAAGUUAACGCGUUAUUGUCGCGUUAACUCGAGUGACUUUUAUCGCCACUAAUUUUUUUGACGCACGAUUAACGCAAGCCUUAGCCUGGCUUGACCAAACUAUACACACUGCGUGGAUAUUCUUGCCGUUGUAGAGGAACAGUUGGUGAGGUGUCCAGGCUAUUUGAGCCUCGGGGCACUCCGUAGUUUCGCGAAUCAGGAAGUAGUGCACUGACUGAUACCGCAGCAGACAUAAACAAAUCCCCGUGAUCAGUAACUAGGAUAUAAUGAUAAGAACACUAUUUUGCACGGAAAUUUCAGCUACAAAGCCUUGCCAGAUGGCUCUCUUGACAGGAAAAAAGUCAUUUUUGUUUCCUGCCAAGCUGAAUUUAGUUUCCACAGGAGUAUGUCUAGUCUCAAAUAUCACUUGUCGGCCAAGCACACAGCUGAUGCAGAAAGCCCCGCGCCCCCCUGCCUCUAGCAAACAACGCUGAACGUGCAAGGUAAACAGAUGGAGAGCUAUACUAAACGCAAACUUGAAACAGCAAUCGCUAAAUGGGUGGCUACCGCUUGUCAGCCGAUUAGCAUUGUGCAAGAAAUCAUACGGAUCGCAUCCAAUGACUGGACAUAUGAAUUACCUUGAAGGACCAUCAUUACCACGAAAAUCCACGAUCUGUUCUCAUGUUGAUUCUCAUGUUGAUGAAAGUAUUACAAUUUGAAAAAGAUCGAUUUAGAAUGGAUAAAAAAUAUGCGAUCAAUUUGCGAUUAAUCAUGAUUAAUUAUGAUCAAAUUUCGAUUAAUCACGAUUAAAUAUUUUAAUCGAUUGACAGCCCUAAUAUAUAUAUAUAUAUAUAUAUAUAUAUAUAUAUAUAUAUAUAUAUAUAUAUAUACCUUCUCAUUAAAUGCAUGUUCUUAAUUCUCAUUACUAUUUAAAUUGUAGAUUCUCAGUGAAGGCAUCAAAACUAUGACGGAACACAUGAAAUCAUGUGCUUAAGAAAAAAGUGUGAAAUAACUGAAAACAUGUUUUAUAUUUUAGAUUCCUCAAAGUAGCCACCCUUUGCUUUUUUGAUAGCGCUGCAAACUUUUGCUGUUCUCUCAAUGAGCUUCAUGAGGUAGUCACCUGAAAUGGUUUUUACUUCACAGGUGUGAGAGAGAGAGAGAUAGAUAGAUAGAUAGACACACACACAUAUGUAUAUAUAUAUGUAUAUAUAUAUAUAUAUACAUAGUAAUAGUAAAAUAAAAUCAGUGAGUUGAUAAAUACACUCGGACAGCACUUUGUUCUACUAAUAAGAUUUACCUCUGUGCCUUUUAGAGUAAGAAGCGUCAGUAUGACCAGGAGGUGGAGAACCUGGAGCGCCAGCAGAAGCAGACCAUCGAGAGGCUGGAGCAGGAGCACACCAACCGGCUCAGGGACGAAGCCAAACGCAUCAAAGCUGAGCAGGACAAAGAACUCUCAAAGUACCAGAACAUGCUCAAGAACCGCAAGAAAGAGGUUAGCAUGCACAUAAAAAACAUGUUUUACAGCUCACCAGCCGGUCUUUAAGUGGGACAAGAUAGCUUUCAAAUGUCCUGUUUAUCAUAGUUGGUUGUUUUGAUACUUUUGCACACACAUGCCCUUCUGAUCUGUCUUAUAAGUAUUUACGUAACCAGCAUUUAGCUGCAGAGGCUUAAUUAGUCUGCCUGCCACUUCUCAUUUAUUUUCUCCAGCAGUGCUAAUCUAUCCACAGCUUUUGUCCCAUUUUAUUUCCCUCUAUUGCUCAUGGCUGCCACAACACAGGCCAAACAGGAAGUGGGAAUUUCUCCAAAGCAUGUGACAAAUGCUAUCAUGAAACGUAUUAAAGAGGAUAUUAUCCAGGCCCCGCAAGAGGAGGUAAUCAGGGCUCGGUUUGCUGUGAAUUUUGAACUUUGAUCCACACGACUUGUUCCUCUCAGUUUUACUCUUUAGUCAGAAAAGACUUCAGACUGUGUGAGGGGAGUAUGCAGAGAGUUAUUUAACACUUUUAUUUAUUUGAAAUAUUUUUAUGAUUUAUCCUCUCUUCUUCAAACCUUCCACCCACAUGAGUGUGCAGUGCCCACAGAGUUUUAAGUGAAUGUGCAGUGUUUAGUGCCGUGUGUAGGAGGGUAAUGUACUGUGAUCCACAGGGAGUGGCCCAUGUUAUGAUUCAGUCCUUUCAGUUGUCUUCAUGCACCCUGUGCAACGCUCCCAUACAGGAUGUAAGUGAAACCCCAGCUGGCCUCUUUUUGUGUGUGUGUGUGUGUGUGUGUGUGUGUGUGUGUGUGUGUGUGUGUGUGUGUGUGUGUGUGUGUGUGUGUGUGUGUGUGUGUGUGUGUGUGUGUCAUAAAACAUAUUAGGCUUCUCUUUGAAGUACACACGAUAUCUUCUUUAUACAUCAGUGCAUUGUGAAGAGGCCAACACCAAACCUCAGGGUAUUUUGUUCUUUAGGAAUGACGGUUUGCUGCUUCCAAAAGGCUGUGAUUUUUGUUGAUUUCUCCUUGAGUAUCUUCAAAAAGUCAAAAAAGUUUUUAAAAAAAGUUGUAUAUACACAAAGUUUGGCACUCUGCUUUACAUUUUUUUAUAAUAAAACUAAUAACUCAACUUCCAUCAGAGUUGGGAAGCUGGUUUACAAUGCCUUUAUAGCCUUAAUUUAAUUAAAACAGUUCAAUUACAACAUAUUAAAUACUCAAACUAAAAAGAUGAAUAAUUUGAUGAAAGACAUACUGUAUAGUCAUUGUGAAUUUUAUACCACCAGCAGCACAUUUCAGGAAAUUCAGGUUGGGGUAUCUUUAUUUUUGUGGUUUUUUCAGUUUAACCUGCUUUUGUGGACACAGCAGCACAAACUGUGUUCACAGGUUGUGGUAUUUGGAUGUGAUUUUGAGCCCAUGCACUGAUUUCCACUUUGGAGUCUUGUCUGCCUGAGGGCUCUCACAUCAUGUGCAGAGAUUUCUAUAAAUAACCUGAAUCUUUAAUUGACAUCAUGAAGACUCUAGAUGAUGAAAUUUGUAUAUUCUUCCCAAUUUUACUCUCAGAAACAUGCAGUUUAGACUUCAGAAUAGAAUACUUUUUUUUCAAUGACCUUACUUUCUUAAAUGGGUUGCUGGCGUCAAAUUUAAAAUGACCAUAUAUUGCAUAUAUUUUCAUUGAACUUUUAUGUUCAAAAUAUAAAUCAUUGUCAGGGCAGGGUGGCAGCUAGUUCCCUUAGAAUAAAUACAUCUUCAGUUGUUUUUCAAAAUCUCUGGGUAAGAUAUUUUUAUAUGAAUCAUAUCUUGGUUUUUAGAAAAGUGACAGCAGGGAUUAUCAUGGGCUUUUGAGAGUUCUAAAACAACUAUAAACUAAUAAUGUAAGUCCCCGAGAAUAUCAUGACGCAUUUAAACAUGUCUCAAAACCUUGAUAAGUAGCUCCUGUUUGUCUACUUUUUUUUUUUGGCUUUAUAUCCAUCUUGUUACUUUUCAACACUUAGAGACGUGCUAAGGCAGAAACCCUGAAAAUGUUUCGUGCAACACAAGUGUGCAAAUCAGUAAGUUCCUGUGUGUCAUCUGAGCCAAGUAGGUCGGAUUAUUGUGACAGACUUACAGGUGAAACAGUCUUUAUCUCUGGUUGUAAAAGUCUGGUGCAUCAGCUCAAUCACUGCUUAACCUGACAGGAUAAAGUGAAGCAUGCAGGCCAGUUAGCAAACUCAGAUAUUCAGCCCCCCUCCUUACCAUACUAACAAGGGUUUGUACAAGUUAAGAUGGUUCCUUAUAAUAUGGCCAAGCUGUAUCUUGAUGAAGGUGAAGUGGUUCUUUAGACAUGUUUUUGCCUGAAUUUUGAGAGUUGAACAUCCAACCAUUCACCUGGACUGUGUUUUCUUAAUAUUUCUGCCUAAAUCUUUGGCGUCUUUAAUCCAGGAACAGGAGUUUCUUCAAAAGCAGCAGCAGGACCUGGACAGCGCCCUGAAGAAGAUUAUCCAGCAACACAAACAUGAGCUCGCCACUAUUGAGAGGGAUUGCCUCAACCACAAGCAGCAGCUGCUCCGAGGUAUAUAGAGUUGAAAAAUUGUAUGUCGUGCUGCUCCUUUGUGACAGACUCAAAACUGGAUAAAUACAGUCUGAUUCAUUCCGAUUAGUGUGGAUAUGAUAAAGCAACAAAAAGGUUGGGAAUAUUCCUUUAAAAUGUUUCUAAAAAAUAAAGACAAAAAAGCUUCAAACAUCUAGAUUUUAUGAUCAAUAUUGGCUUGAAAUUUAAUCAGCAAUGUUAAUGGAGAUAUAACCAUGUGUUCAGCUCACAACAUGACACCAUUCCAGGAUGACGACACCAUCUUUUAAGGCUGUUAGCAACCGUCUUGCGUACAAGCUGUCAAGAAAAGAUUGCCUCCCUUUUGAUGCUGUUAUUUUGUCCUUUUAAUCCCUUAUACCAAAGUCACUUUAUACCUCUGUUUUGAUAACAAAUCUGCUCUAAUUUUCAAAGAAUGAAAAUGGUACUCUCACAAACACCAAAAAAGGGAAAAUAACUAUUAGUUAAUUCACAGCAGACAGGGAUCUUAUGGAGAUCAAUGACAGAGAAAUACUAAAAAAAAAAACAAGAGGUUUGGGGCAGAUAGCUGUAGUUAUUUUGAAUCCAUACUCAAAUGCCUCCCACUUAUCUGCCUUUGCGCUCUCCAGUGAACCCCCUUCUUUCUUACCUCCAGCAGGUCAAUGCAAACAUAACACUCAACACUCAAAUCCUCUUUGGCAAGCUUCUUUUUUUAUUCUAAAUGUGGUUUCUUGAUGUGUUGCGCAUGUUACAACAUUGAAAGUAAUCAUCCUAUAUUUAGUAACUCGGAUCGGCUGCAAACAAUUCCUCCUUUGAGGCCGUAUUAAUUCUGUGCUUAUCCAUUCUAACACCAACAAGAGCUGCACGGACCGCCAGUUAGCAGUGAGAGCUGCUGCUGGGACUUAAUCCCAUGCUUCAUGAGCCAGGAGCAACACAAAACAACACUUCCCAGAAAUGUUCACUGCACCAAGUCAUAGGAGGUUAUAACUUUGAUUUGGGAGUAAAUAAAGUGCUCUCAGUGGGAAACAAAAAUGUGAGUUAGUAAAAAACUUAAAAAUAAAAACCUCUUUUGCAAAGAUGAUGUCAGCUGACAGAAGUAUCUCAGGUAUUUAUCUCCUAAUGAGGUAACUUGUGCAAACAAACAAAAACAGCUCCAUCUUGUUCCUCCUCGACAUAACAUGAAGUGCAGCAGAAACGUUUAAAAAUGAGUCAUAAUGUUGGGGAAUGAUUUCCCUCAAACAAGCCUGUGAAUGGUUCUUCUGUGGAAUGAUAAAGCUUUGUCUUUUGUUCACUUCCCUGCCCGCUAACAGCAAGGGAGGCUGCUAUGUGGGAGCUGGAGGAGCGCCAUCUGCAGGAGAAACACCAGUUGUUCAAACAGCAGCUGAAAGACCAGUACUUCAUGCAGAGACAUCAGCUGCUAAAGAGACAUGAGAAGGUUUGUGCUGGAUAAUAAAAAAGAACUCAUUUUUUAAUCUUUUUAUAUAAUUGCUGCAAUAAAUUUUCAUUUAAGUUCAAAUGUUAAAUGUUCUGGAAAGCUUCAAUUUGAAAUGGGAACAAUACCUGUCUAGUAGGAAAGAUUCUGUACAGGAGAUAUGAUAACCAAUCAGAACACGACACCGAGCAUCACUGAGAAAUUAACAUGCUAAUUUUUUUUUGUUUGUUUGUUUGAUUUUUUUGUUCUUUUUUUUUCUCCUUUUUCUUAUAUGAGUUUAUUUAUUUAUUUAUUUAUUUUAGUAUUUUACUGCCGUCGUUGCUACCAUGUGUUUUUUUUUUCUUUCUCUGUUUACUGGAAUAUAAGCAUUGUAUAAUAUAGUUAUUUGUUUAUUUUCUGUAUACAAGUCAAUGCUUAUAUUAUAUAUUAAUAAUAUAUAUUAUAUUACGACAUAUACAACAUUUGCCACAUGUGUACUCGUAAUGUACAAUAUUCAUAAAAAAAAAAGUUCAAACGUUAAAAGUUGCACUGAUUUCUCUCUGUGCUCUUUGUCUGCUUUUGGUUGUCCUGUGCAGGAGAUGGAGCAGAUGCAGCGUUACAACCAGCGUCUGAUCGAGGAGCUGAAGAACAAACAGACACAGGAGAGAGCCAGGCUGCCCAAAAUCCAGCGCAGUGAGGCCAAGACCCGCAUGGCCAUGUACAAGAAGAGCCUGCGUAUCACUGGAGCAACCAUCAGCCUGGAGCAGGAGAGGGAGAGGGUCAAACAGGUGAUGAUUAAUACGAAUAAAAGAAAUCAACCAUUUAUCUGUCGUCUUGUACUGCUGUAAAAUCAAAACAAACUCCUGGAGUCUAAAUUUUUCUCUUCAAUUAAAAACUUUUGAGACUGAACCAUAACUGUGUUUUCCAGUUCGCUGCUCAGGAAGAGAAGAGACAAAAGAACGAGAGGCUCCAUCAGCAUCAGAAACACGAAAACCAGAUGAGAGACCUGCAACUGCAGUGUGACGCCAACGUCCGAGAGCUCCAGCAGCUGCAGGUAGAGAUGAUCAAGAACACCUUUACUUGGACUGAAACAGUCAAACAUUCAAUGUUAUUGUUUUUUUUUUUAUAAUGAUCUACUGGAGAGUAUUCAUUCUAGUAUCCCAGUGCUCCGUGUUUAUUUAAACAUUUUUAUUGUUCAGGAAUGACUUAACAGGUAGAAAGAGUUUGAGCCUUUACCUCAUUCGAUCUGUUCUGCUGGCAGCGGAGGGGUGAGCUGUAAAAGCUGCAGCUUAAUCUGUCGGCACAGACUGUUACUUGAACUGUCGGGCACCAUUAUGCAAAGGAUCCUUUUUUAGAUAGAUCUUUUUGUUGAGGUAAGAUCUUUUUUUAUCCAAAAACAGCAGUUACAUUGAUGUAUUUAAAGCCACCAGGCUGCCCUGACUGUAAGUGGCAAAAAUAGUGACAUCAGUACAAACUCUCCCGGUGAUGAUGGUGCCGUCAUUACAACUGGAAUCUGAACUACCAGCUUAAAGCAGAAGAAGUGAUCUUUGAAUAUUUACACUGUUAGAAAGGACAUAAAUAAACACUAGAAUUAGAGUUUAAAUUACACUCUUGGAUUUCAACUUAAGACAGAGUAACAUUUGUGAACUUUUGUUCCCCUCUAUCUGUGUAUGUGUGUUACAGAACGAGAAGUGUCACCUGCUGAUUGAACAUGAGACCCAGAAGUUGAAGGAGUUGGACGAGGAGCACAGCCUUGAGCUGAAGGAGUGGAGGGAGAAACUACGACCCAGGAAGAAGGCAAGAUAUCUUUUACGAUCUUUUACCUCCCCUUUUCCUACUGUAUCUCCAAAAACAAAGAUUUCAGUGAGUAAUUUUGAUACAAGGUGCAUGGAUGUAUAAAGUGUGUGUUGAAGCCUCAGGACUUGACACUAACUUUUUUCACAAGGAGCACAUUUGCUCCUGAGUUGAAAAAGUAAGGAGCACACAAAGAACUUUAGGGGUACAAUCAAAAUGUAUUAAAUAAUGUUUGUCUUAUUGGUCGACAGAAGUACUAUUACUUGAAAUUAAUUUUAGGUCUUUUGGUCACAUGACAUGGAAGCUAUUGAAGGAAAACAGCUUUUCUUGAGAACAUCAACUGGUAAUUUAUUGAUGGUCCCUUAUUCAGCACCCAAUGUUGACAGAGAGGGUGCCCAGUAGAGUGAGAAGACAGCGGUAGAUCAGCAGUAAAUGUCCAUCAAAUAUCCAACCUAAAAUAACUUCACCGCGGUAUUUGCGUGAAAAAACAUUUGUCGCCUCGGCUGAUUUUUUUUAUGCACACGUGUGCCCUACAUACAUUUUACAAUUCGCGCACAUCUAUUUUUAGUCGCAAUUGCGAGUGAAACGGUUGCACUGUGGAGCCUUGAGCCUAUUAGAAGUGUGGGUGCAGGGUUUUUAGCUAAAGUGUGGUACAUCCUACAAGAUAAUCGUGCCAAACCUUGACAGAUUAUUCUUCAGUGUGUUUAGAUUGAUUUCUCUUCUCCUGUGCAAUCCCUGUGGAAGUUAAGUAGAGCUACCCCAACGUGUAUUAAUAAACAUUAAACAAGUUCGACAAUUACAAUCGGAAAUCCUCAUGUAUGUGGAGGAUGGCCUAGCAUGAAUUCUGCCCACUGUCAUUUGUAAUGAACUGACGAAUACCAAGCAACAGGUGUUUGGUUAAACAUACCAACACUGAACUGACAAGAACAGGAGAUGAACAGGAGUUGCUGGUUCAUCCUACAUUUACUAAGUGGCUGGCAAAGGUUAGCUCAUGUAGUCUGCUAUGUUAGGUCUUUUUUAACCUCUGGAGAAUCUAUAGGAUUUCCAGGUUUUGAGAGUCAGGAUUCCAGCUGCUGGUGAGAAGAGUUUUUGGUGUGUGUGUGUGUGUGUGUGUGUGUGUGUGUGUGUGUGUGUGUGUGUGUGUGUGUGUGUGUGUGUGUGUGUGUGUGUGUGUGUGUGUGCAUUUGAUGUGCUGUGUUUAUUACAACAAUGCACACCACACACUAAAGGAACAAAACCAUUAAACAUGUCUCCAUUCAUCAUCAUGUGUGGAGAUUCUGACAUAUUAAAAAUCCGUUAAGAUUCCCAUAACUUAGUUAUAGCGUGUGCCAAACUUUAGCUUAAGUUGUGGGUAGGGCUGGGCGAUAAACCAAAAAUUUACAGAUACCUAAAUUUACGUCAAUAACCAACGUCAUUUUGCCCAUAUCGGUUUAUUCGAUGUAAAAAAAACAGUAAAUAAAAGGGGGUUUUAGAUGUGUGUAGGUAGGCUAUGGUCUCAUGUUCCUUAAAUACACUUUCCUACAUCAGAGACGUGACUCCACCCCAUCCAGUCCGUAACAAAGAGGGAAAGACAGGUGAGGAGAUGGAGGACGAUCCAAAAGUUGUAGUGGCUGAAGUAGACGAAGUUAAUGUGGGAGGGGGUGAGCAGCUUGUGAAGUAGUUAUUGAGGUGAACUGCUCAAUAUAUGGAGAUAUUGAUUUGAGGCCAUAUCGCCCAGCCCUAGUUUUGGGGUAUAGUAGACGAGUAAUCAUAACAGUGGGUAUCUCCCAGUGUGGAACAGUUAGUCUGAAUUUUAAAGUACAUACAUGAAGUUGUAUGCAGGCUGUGUCUGGUUGAACUGGUGUGUAACCAAUACAGACAUGUGGGAAUUGACCUGCAAUAAAGACCAACAAUGGUGGUGCUAGCUCUGCCAAUGUUAGCCACACACAGCUAACCAAUUUGACGUUUGGUACCCACAAACACUUUGAUCCUGUGAUUAGCCAGGUCGAAUAAACAGUGCUUAAUUUUGACAAAGACCACAGCUCCAGUCAGAGAUAUCAGGUUUCAAGAAACUAACAGGUUGACUGAGAGCCAGAGAGCUCUGUGACACACAAACGUCUGGCUUCAAGCUAGGUGUUCUAGGUUAACCCUCUAGUCACACUUCAUAGCACUCCCUCUGGUGGAGUAAUCAGCUGUUCUUUUGUUUGGAUUUGUGUAGUAAUACGGUAAAUGUUUAAACAUUUUAACUUUGACUUCCUAAAAAGUCUUUUUAAAUGUAUUCAUAAACUCAAGUGUGACAACAGCGUGUCUGUUUCCAUCCUUCAGGCCCUGGAGGAAGAGUUUGCCAGGAAGCUGCAGGAGCAGGAAGUUUUCUUCAAGAUGAGCGGAGAGUCGGAGUGCCUUAACCCCUCCACACAGAGCCGAAUCUCCAAGUUCUACCCCAUACCCAGCGUCCACUCCACCGGUUUCUAA